GAAUGAUGAAACACCACAAAAAAAUAAAAAAGAGAGAGAGAGAGAAAGAGAGAUGGAGUUUUGUUGCAAGGAGUUCAAGGUUGGAAAAUGUGAGGGGCAAAAGGAAGUGGAUGGAGAAGUGAUGCCAUUGGUGCUGCAGCCUCCACACCCAGGCAAGGCAGAUUUUGAAUCCCUUUUAUUUGCUCUCAAAAACAACAGGGACUGGUUCGACCAAAUAAUCAUCAAAAACAGCGCCGUUUUGCUCCGGGGRUACGACGUGUCGAACGCCCACCACUUCAACGACAUCGUCGAAGCCUUUGGCUGGGAAGACAUCCGAUAUGUCGGCCCCGCUCCCCGAACCCAUAUUUAUAAGAGGAUUUGGACCGCCAAUGAAGGGCCCCUCGAUGAGUUCAUUUACUACCACCAUGAGAUGGUUUUGAUAAAGGAAUAUCCAAAGAGGUUAAUGUUGUUCUGCGAAAUAGCACCACCAGAAGGUGGAGAAACACCCUUCGUUCCAAGUUUCAAAGUUACAGAGAAAAUGUUGGAAGAAUUCCCAAAAGAAGUGGAAGAGAUGGAGAAGAAGGGCCUAAAAUAUACCUUCACUGCGCUUAGCAAAAAUGAUACCUCCUCCAUGAGAGGCCGAGGUUGGGAAGAUGCUUUCGGUACAUCAGAUCGUAAUGAAGCAGAGAAAAGGGCUAAGGCAUUGGGGAUGGAUGCAGAGUGGCUACCGAAUGGAGCGAUGAAGACGAUAUUGGGGCCGAGGUGCGUAACGAAGGUGUUCGAGGGAAGGAAAGGAAGAAGAAUGUGGUUCAACACGAUGGUCGGGAUGCACGGGAAGGAGCACAGCUCCGCUCUAAUGGCGGACGGGACGGAGAUCGCAGAGAAUGUGGUGAAGAGAUGCCAGGAGAUAAUUGAAGAAGAAAGCAUCCAGUUCAAGUGGGAAAAGGGGGAUGUUCUCUUUUUUGAUAACUUGGCUCUGCUCCAUGGAAGAAGGCCUUCUCUCCCUCCCAGAAGAGUCUUAGUUGCAACCUGCAAGUAGUUUCAACUCUACUCCUACUCUGCAAGGCCUCUGUGUGUUUGCUAUAUGGUUCUAUCAAUAAAAGACUAUGCUUUCUGAUGUUAUAUAUAUACAAUUUACAGGAAUUCAUAAAGUGAUCAUUUACUCUGUUUAGAAAUGCCGGUUGGUAUGUACUCCUUCCCUCGAGAUCGAAGGUUCGAUCCCCAUAUCCCAAAAUUGUUGUACUAAAAGAAAGCUAAGAAAUAAUAAUGUUAAAUAAUAUUAA